CUGGACAGUUCGCGGGAAACAAUGCGAUAAGCUCUGGUCGUAUAUUUUGACGAAAACCAAGUUUGGAAUAUAAGAAAAAUGGUCUGUUGCAGUGCUCCUUUUUGUAAAAAUAGAAGCGAAGAUGGGUUUAAACUUUACCGUUUUCCACUAGGACAACGACUAAGACUCUCAGAAUGGAUAAUAAAUUGUAGACGCGACAAAUGGGAACCAAAUUCAAAUUCAAGAUUAUGCGAAGUACAUUUUGAGAGUUCGGAGUUUGAAACAAAUAGACAAGAUAAUCGGAUAAAAUUAAAGCCUAAUGCAAUUCCAACCAUUUUUAAUGUGUCAAAUACACCAAAGCCGACCGAAAACUUGAGUGCAAAAAGAAUUACCGUUAAUGCUGCAAGCACAUCAACUGCUGCAAAUCCAAAUAUCGACAAAACUUUAGGUAAUAGCCAUUUCUUACAGAAAGAAACAUCAACAACUCCGAAGUCCCCCAAAUCCCCAGAUACUUCUCGACGUAGGUGUAUCACCUCUCAGGACUAUCAUUAUGCCGCUAAUCCUAAAGCAUUAAAGAAAAACGAUGUGAGGGUAAGACGAAAGCUUGAAGUUGUUCGUAACGAAUCGAGGGUGCAAAAACAACAUAUUCGUCGUCUUCGGAAAAAGAUUUCUACAUUGAAAGAUACAAACAUUUUAUUACUAUGAUAAAUGCAUCUAGUGCUUUUGAAAUUUCGGUGUUGGAUGUACAGUUUUGUAAACAUUUGUACUUCUUUUGUAAUAUUUCUGGCGUGUAUAUUGUGAUAGGUGUACCAAAUAUCGUGGGGGUUUUUUUUUUUAUAAAAACAACUGUUAAACACUGAGUGUAUUAC